AUGGCACCUCCAACGAAUCAACGAAAGCGCAAAGCUGUUACCCGAGAUGAACCUGAGUUGUCCGAUGUCGAAUCUGAAGCAGAAUUUGGUGAUGGAAUUUUAGAAGGAAUCUUGUCGCAAAGUGAAGAUGAAUCGGACGACAGCGCAGCAGAGGAGGACAGUGAAGACGAAGAGGAUUUGGAUGAGGAAGAACUCGAGGCAUUGGAUAGUGAUGAGGUACCCUCAGAGAAUGGUGAGGGAGACGCAUCUACGACAAGAACUUCCCUCAGCAAAGCCAAUGCCGACGAAGACGAUGACAAGCCCAACUACACUGUGGUGAAGGAUGCUAAUGGAGGAGAACGUUAUGUCUAUGAAGAGAUAGACCCAGUCUACGACUCUGAUGAUUCAGAUGCCCAAGAGCCAACUAAUACUAUUGGAAACAUCCCAUUGUCUUUCUAUGAUUCUUAUCCUCAUAUUGGUUAUGACAUCAAUGGAAAGAAAAUUAUGCGACCUGCAAAGGGUGAAGCACUUGAUGCAUUGCUAGACAGUAUCGAUAUUCCAAAGGGAUGGACAGGUCUUACAGACCCUUCUACAGGCAAGCCUCUCAACUUGACUCAAGAGGAAUUGGAGGUUCUGCGCAGAAUACAAACAAAUGAAGCUCCUGAAGAUGGUUACGACCCAUAUCCUGACUAUGUUCCAUAUUUCAGCGGCGUCGAGGAGAUUAUGCCUCUGAGCUCGGCUCCUGAGCCUAAACGACGUUUCCUGCCAUCCAAACAUGAAGCAAAGCGAAUCAUGAAGAUUGUUCGGGCAAUUCGAGAAGGUAGAAUCUUACCAUAUAAACCACCACAAGAGCGCGAGGAAGAGGAAGAAGAACACCACUACGAUAUAUGGCAGAAUGAGGAGGCGCAACCAGAUCAUAUUAUGAAGAUUCCAGCUCCAAAGCCACCUCCACCAGGAUACGAUCUAAGUUACAACCCACCUCCUGAGUAUCUCCCAUCUAAAGCAGAAAGAAAAGAAUGGGAAGCUACAGAUCCUGAGGAUAGAGAAAAGGAGUACCUACCAACGGCAUAUGAUUCUUUACGAAAGGUACCGGGAUAUGAUAAGUUUAUCAAUGAGAGGUUCGAACGUUCGCUUGAUCUCUACUUGGCACCGCGAGUUCGCAAGAAUAGGCUUAAUAUCGACCCUGCUUCUUUACUUCCAAAACUACCAAAGCCAGAGGAACUUAAGCCUUUCCCAACUGUCACGCAGACGUUAUUCCGUGGCCAUGAUGGUAGGGUACGAAGCUUGGCCAUUGAUCCAUCCGGAACAUGGCUGGCUACCGGCGGUGAUGAUGGUACUGUUCGUGUUUGGGAACUUUUGACUGGAAAACAACUCUGGAGUGCGCAGAUAGGAGAUGAGGAGGCUGUUAAUGCUGUUAAGUGGCGCCCGGCGAAGGACGCUAUCAUACUUUCUGCCGCAGCUGGAGAGGACAUAUUCCUUAUGGUACCUACCAUAAUUGAUCCUGUUUCUGAGAGCAAUAGCCGAGAAUUAUUAGAUGCUGGAUUUGGUUAUGCAACAAAUGCCACCCAAGCACUUACGGCCAACGGACAGAAGAAAGAACCUGUCGCUACCUGGGCUCGUCCUACCUCGCGUCUACAAGAUGAAGGUGUACUAAUCAAGAUCACUGUAAGAUCCACAGUCAAGGUCAUCAAUUGGCACCGAAGAGGUGACUUCUUUUCUACUGUAUCUCCUACAGCUCAAAAGUCCGCCGUUGCAAUCCACACUCUCUCGAAACAUCUUACACAAAUUCCAUUCAGACGUCUUCCCGGUAUCGCCCAAACUGCUCAGUUCCAUCCCUCCCGACCCAUUUUCUUCGUUGCCACUCAACGCACAAUCCGCAGUUACGACUUACAAAAACAAGAAUUGGUCAAGAUUAUUCAACCUGGUGCUCGCUGGAUCUCUUCUUUCGAUAUACAUCCUGGAGGUGACAACCUCAUUGUUGGUUCCUAUGAUCGUCGUCUCUUAUGGCAUGAUCUCGACCUUUCUACCCGCCCAUACAAGACUAUGCGUUUCCACAAUAAAGCUAUUCGAGCUGUCAAAUACCACAAAGGUGGUCUUCCAUUGUUUGCAGAUGCUAGUGACGACGGAAGUUUGCAAAUCUUCCACGGAAAGGUUGUAAGUGAUGCGAUGGAGAACGCUACUAUCGUACCAGUGAAGGUUUUGAAGGGACACAAGGUCAAGAGCGCUUUAGGUGUCAUGGAUCUGGACUGGCAUCCAAAGGAGCCUUGGCUUGUUAGUGCUGGUGCGGAUGGUACAUGUAGAUUGUGGACUUAA